AUGGGCCUCAAAAUUCCCCCUAAAUACCCAGCAGACCCUCGCCGCGUUUCAACUCCCCGAGAUACUCAUGAAGGGAAAAAGGGGGAAAGAUUCGAGCAACAACAAGCUGUGUUCCGUAUUCGUCCGGUUAACCGUUGCUCACAAACAAUUGCUGGUCACGCGGAAGCUGUUCUAUGUGUUUCGUUUAGUCCUGACGGUAAGCAGUUAGCAAGUGUCUCAGGUGAUACUACUGUCAGGCUUUGGGAUCUCAACACUGAAACUCCUUUGUUUACUUGCAAAGGACACAAGAAUUGGGUUCUCUCAAUUGCUUGGUCUCCGGAUGGUAAGCAUCUCGUGAGUGGUAGUAAGUCAGGUGAACUCUGUUGUUGGAAUCCAAAGAAAGGAGAGCUAGACGGAAAUCCACUCACAGGUCGCAAGAAAUGGAUCACUGGUAUCUCGUGGGAACCAGUCCACCUUAGUUCUCCAUGCCGUCGAUUUGUAACUUCUAGCAAAGAUGGGGAUGCAAGGAUUUGGGAUGUUACACUGAAGAAAUCUUUGAUUUGUCUCAGUGGACAUACACUUGCUGUGACUUGUGUCAAGUGGGGCGGAGACGGAAUUAUCUAUACAGGGUGUCAGAUGCAUUCCUUUAAUGCCUACUAUCGCUAG